AUUCCUGAAAUUUCCAGUAAACUACACAAUGAAUGCAGUCUCUACUCCACCGCCAAAGUUGUUAUGCCAUCUUCGCCCCUGUAUUUGACUUUCCGGCGAAUCCAAAUAUUCUUCCCCCUCUUCUGUCUUUUCUUUGCCGAAAAAGAAGGCCAUACCCGCCUGCACAAAAGCUGGGCAUUGAGCGACCUAGACUUUUACGCAUUUUCUCCUUUGGAAUUCUAUCCUGCUACUCAGACUCUGGUCCGGAACGAGUUUAGUUUCCCGAUCCAGGGGCUUCAACUACUCAACCCACGGCAGAGUGGACCUGACUUUGCCUCCUUAUGAUCCAAAUUUUCCUCAUCUUUGAAGUGACUGCUAUAUAAUCAUCCUACAAACUCUGCAUGGAAAAUUCAGUCUCUAAUCCUUUGUCAAUAGGGAAUUCUGGUACAAACUGUGCCAUGAUCGGUAACAAACAUUCAAAAAGGCAUGCCAUCUCUUCCGGUUCAAAAUAUUUUGCACGGCAAUCUUCAGGUAGGAUAUCUUUGUUUGGUGGUGGGAAAUUGGGAAAGGGAGCUGGUUGUCAGAUAGCACUAUUCUUAUUGAAAGUUGCUGCUUUGGAGAGUGUAAGAAGGAUCUCAAAGUCAAGAUGUCCCCCAGUGUGGUCUGGCCUCCAGGCUUUACAAGUCAUCUGUUAUCCUCCAUUUAAAUGGAUCCAGAAGUGGGCUCCCUUUGGAAUGCUGGUUAAAGGCAUGCAGAAAAUCAUUAGCUCUGCUGUUAUCUUUAUCUGGACAUCUGAUAGUCAUGGCCUUCAUUUUGGGAUAGAUGUUAUCCCGACCACUACUGGUGCUAUCUAUUGCCACAGCUUUCUCUGAUAAUCCAGAAUGUAGUAAUUCCACCACAGAGAGUAAUGAAGCUAAUCACGGGGAUGAUGAUUCCUAUGGUAUUUGUGAAAUUCAGCCAGAGUUAUCCUCUAUGCACCCUUUGGUCUCCCUGAGUGCUGAGGAUCAUCUUCCUGUACUGCCUGCCAGUUGGCUAUCUCAACUGCAUAAAGAGCUGGAAGAGCAGGGAAUUACUUUGAGAGAUAGAAUUAGUGAAGAAGACAUCCGUAGAUUUUAUAUUGCUGCAGAUGGUGACUUUUCGCGACUACUUUCAUCUAUAAAGAAAACUAUCCAAUGGAGAGAGACUUAUAUAAUUCUUUCUGGGCAAGAACUUGAGAUGUGGUCUAGUAUGGUAUUUUGGCAUGGAUUUGAUCUGAAGCAGAAGCCUCUCCUGAUAGUUCGUCUUGGUUUAGCUUGCAGUAGCUUGCCAUUUCGUGAUCGGCAACGCUUUGGUCAAGCAAUUGUAUCUCAGGUGUAUCACGGGAUCAUGCAUCUAGUAAACAGAGACGAUCCUCAAAUAACUGUCUUGGUUGACUGUGAAGGCAUGUCGCCUUUCAGACUUCCUAUGCAGAUGCUAAAAACCUGUUCUACUCUUCUGCAAACCCACUUCCCUAACUCCCUGGGAAGCUUAUUUGUUAUCAAGCUUCCAUCUAUUGUUCGAGUUUUUGCACAAACUUUCCUGCAGGUUUUAAAACCCACCACUAGGCAGAAACUGAGAUUUUUAGGGGAGACUUAUCAGAAGGUUCUUCUCUCUGAGUGUACAGAGAAACUCCCAUCGUAUCUUGGUGGGUCCUGCAAAUGCUCAAGAUGUGACAUUGGCAGCAUGCAUAUCGAAGAUGAGGACGACAGCGAAAAUAGGGAUACGUCUGAUUCCGAUAUGAACCAUGAAGAGGAGGAGGAUAUCCCGUCAUCUCGUUUAGGCGACAGGAUAGAUAAUGUAUCAUAUGAUCAUCAGGUGCUCAGAAUGGCUAUGCUGGGUUUUCUUAUAUUUGGAGUAUUCUUGUUUCUUUUUAAUUGUUAUUAUUUUUCUGGAACCUACAGUCCAGAAAGCAGCCCUGUUGUACCUCCUUGAGGUAAAUGUGGUUUGUAAAUAUUUAGUUCGUUUGAGUUACAAGUGUGGGCGGACGGACCGACUGGCUUUGUAAGGCAUUCAAUUUGUGUGAAAUGAAGCCUAUUUUAAGGAUCAUAGGGAGUAUUUGUUAAGCUUAUUUUAUACGUAGUACAACAUUUUGACGCUAAAGGA